AUGCCGUACAGGUUCGCCAGACGCGCGCUGCCGUUAGUCUCAAAUGUUCCCCCUCGUCGGCCGCUCUUUCCCACGUCAUACCGCUUUCCUCGUCGCCCGCAGUUUCCCUCAUCUCCCUCGCCGACCCUCGCCGCCCUCGCCUCUGCUUGUCGCCCGCGCUUCCCGUCGUCGCCCUUGCUUCCCCGUCACCCCCCUGCUUCCCCCUUUGCCCUGAUUCCUUCCACCCUCUGCCCUGCUCCCCCCCAUCCCCUUCCCUGCUUCCCCCCACCCUCUGCCCUGCUCCCCCCAUCCCGUUCCCUGCUUCCCCCCACCCUCUGCCCUGCUCCCCCCCAUCCCCUUCCCUGCUCCCCCCCACCCUCUGCCCUGCUUCCCCUCAUCCCAUUCCCUGCUUCUCCCCACCCCCUGCCCUGCUUCUCCCCAUCCCCUUCCCUGCUUCCCCCCAUCCCCUUCCCUGCUUCCCCCCAUCCCCUUCCCUGCUUCCCCCCAUCCCCUUCCCUGCUUCCCCCCAUCCCCUUCCCUGCUUCUCCCCAUCCGCUUCCCUGCUUCCCCCCCUCUUUUGCUGCUUCCCCCUACCCUCUGCCCUGCUCCCCCCCAUCCCCUUCCCUGCUUCCCCCCAUCCCCUUCCCUGCUUCUCCCCAUCCCCUUCCCUGCUUCCCCCCAUCCCCUUCCCUGCUUCCCCCCAUCCCCUUCCCUGCUUCCCCCCAUCCCCUUCCCUGCUUCCCCCCAUCCCCUUCCCUGCUUCUCCCCAUCCGCUUCCCUGCUUCCCCCCCUCUUUUGCUGCUUCCCCCUACCCUCUGCCCUGCUCCCCCCCAUCCCCUUCCCUGCUUCCCCCCAUCCCCUUCCCUGCUUCUCCCCAUCCCCUUCCCUGCUUCCCCCCAUCCCCUUCCCUGCUUCCCCCCAUCCCCUUCCCUGCUUCCCCCCAUCCCCUUCCCUGCUUCCCCCCAUCCCCUUCCCUGCUUCUCCCCAUCCCCUUCCCUGCUUCCCCCCCUCUUUUGCUGCUUCCCCCUACCCUCUGCCCUGCUCCCCCCCAUCCCCUUCCCUGCUUCCCCCCAUCCCCUUCCCUGCUUCUCCCCAUCCCCUUCCCUGCUUCCCCCCAUCCCCUUCCCUGCUUCCCCCCAUCCCCUUCCCUGCUCCCCCCCAUCCCCUUCCCUGUCUCCGUGUUACCCGUUUCCUUGUCCCUUUUCCCUGUGUCUCCCCACCCUCUGUUUUAUUCCUUCACCCUCGCACACCUUACCGCCUGCCGACCUUACCGCCUGCCCACCUUACCACCUCAAAUCCUUCCCUUCUCAUCCGCGCGCAGGUGUGGCGGAAGGUGCACGUGCUGCCUUGUGCCUGCCGCUUGCUGUCCACGCCUUCCAUCCCACCUCUCCCAAACCACGUCUUUUUCUAUAUGUGCCUCCCCUGCUGGCCCAUACCCUCUGCUGA